UACGCUGAGGCCGCCCGCGGAAGUCGAGCUGCCGGGCUGAGGCAGGCGGGAAGGCUAGUUCCGGGCCGUGGCUCCUUUGCCCUCGGCCAGGUACGCCGCGUGACGCUUGCCUCUCGGCCGCCCUCGCUCUCUUUUUGGGCUUCAGCCUCUGCGGCCGGGGCACCGCCCACAGAGAAGCCAGCGUUAGCUUGCACGGCAUGUGGUGUUCAGGUUUACGAAGUUAAGGCGAGACAAGUGCAGAGAAGAAGGAAGAAGAAGAUGCGAGCCAGCCCCAUCCGCAUCCCAAGGGUCAGCAAUGACACCGACUGGGACUUCUGCUUCCAUCUGUCACAGCAAACCAAGAGCCCAGAACAUCAGCAAACAGAUGAGUUGUAUCCCACUAGUGGGUCUGGAGAGAGCGAAGAAGAAGCUAACGCCCAGGAGGAGAAGGCCAUAGACCGUAUGUCUCUUCUCAAAGAGAAAUUGGCCCAAUCCCAGAAGAAAGUAGCUCAGCUGAUUAAGGAAAAAAUGAAUACCCAAGCAAACAAGGAGCUGAUUCGCUGUGUCAUCCUUUCUCGGAUUAUUUUUGGGGAAGGACACUGGAAAUGUGCACAGGCUUUGGCCACCCUGGCUUAUGGCUACCUGACACUGAGAGGCCUCCCAGCUCAGGCCAAGAAACACGCUGAGUCCACCAAGAACACACUGCUGACCUGGAAGGAAAACACGACCUCAGACAAGGAGAAAAAGGAAAUCCUGGAAACUCUGGUCAUGCUCUACUACACUCUGGGGGUGGCCUGGCUGCUGCAGAACUGUGGCAGAGAGGCUUAUUUCAACCUGCAGAAGUCAGAGAGAAACAUGAAGGAGCUGAAAGAAUCACAUAAGGGAGGUGUUUGUGGAUUACAGGUGUCAGAGAAAGAUCUAACAAUUGCUUUGGGCAGAGCCUCCUUGGCCAACCGCAGGUUAAACCUAGCUCUGGCAUACUUUGAAAAGGCAAUUGGCAACGUUAUUGCUGUGAGGGGUGAUAGAACGUCAGACCUGGUCAGUCUUUAUGAGGAAAUUGCUCAGAUAGAGCAGCUGAGGAGGAACCACGACCAGGCUAUCCAGUACUUGCAGCAGGCCCAUUCUAUCUGUGUUUCUUUGUUCACUGAGGUCAGCCCCCAAGCUGCAGAGGCGAGCGUGUUACUAGCCAAGGCUUAUGCCAUGUCUGGAGAGGCCCAACACUGGGAUGCCGUUGAGAUGUAUUUUAUAAAGAGUAUCACUGCAUAUCAAACAACAUUGGGCCCAGAGGAUUAUGAAACACUGACGACCAUUGAAGAAUUUUGCAAAUGGCUUGUUCAAAAUGGGGAAAGACAGUGUCUGAUGAUUCAAAUCCUCAUGUAUGGAAAUGAGCACAGUAAAAGCAGAGACACAAAAAACCUCCUUGCCCUAAUGCAGAGGGGUCAUUCAGAAGGAGGAACUGGGAAGGAGACUCAGAAGGAGUCUUUAGAGAAUGAGAAGAGUCAGGAGAAAAUAGGAGGGCACUCCUAG